AUGGAGCCCCAAGUCAUCUGCGAAAACACACCCCUGAUUCCCGCCACGCCUCCCACGCCUCCCACGGCUCCGACGUGUCCUCCCUCCGAGACUCGGCCCCGAAGCGCGCGAACCGUCACCUUCAGCCCUGACCCCGUUACUAAGACCUUCGAGCCCGACUCGUAUUCACCUCGAGGCAGCGCUUCAUCCGCCAGCAAUCCUCAUGCCGGACCACCUCGUGUCAACCCACCUGUCCUCUCCGCAUUGAACAAGAAGCUCGGAAGGCACAAUCACCACGGCAGCGUCCCACCCGCCACAAUUCAACCAUACCUCGGCUCCAAGAUUGGCCCUCAGCGAAGUACCAAGAAGACGGAGAAGCUAAAGCUCUUGCCGAAUACCGAUUUUGAAGAUGGUGUGGACGACCAAGAGAGCGGCCGAGAUGUUUACUCUCAGUACACGAGAAUCAAGGAUCCCACUGCACGGAGAGACGCUGCCAGACUGGGCAAAAGCGACCGCGAUCGGCUACCUCGGGUCACAGCCUAUUGCACAGCCGACAAGUACCACAUGGAGUCGUUGAUGCGCUUCCUCAAGGGGCGAGGCAAAGCCCGCGGUGCCAAUCCCAAAAUUAUCGAUGAGUGCAUCUAUACGCCCUAUUCCUACACCAAACCAAGCAGAAUUCACCACGACCCUGUCCGGAGCUAUCAGCGACGCCACUCAACCGGCAGCGAAACCAUGGAAGAUGAGACCCAGCGCCACCUGCAAAGCCACGACUCUGGCUACGGUGACGAGUUUCCUGGCAACAACAUUCCCGAUCCUGGUCAUUUGGGCAAUGAAAGCCUGCUGGGACCUGCCGUCACCGAGGAAGCGCCCGCGGCAGAGGACAUGUUGGACUUUGAUACCCAAGUCCACACGCCCGAAUUGUUCCUAUUUGACUACGGAGUCGUUGUCAUAUGGGGCAUGACGGAAUCGCAAGAGACCAAGUUCCUCAAGGAGCUGGCCAAAUUCGAGCUGGAAAAGCUAGCGCCCGAUGACGUAGAGACUGAGCGCUUCAACUUUUACUACACGCGCGAGUACCAGGCUCGGAUAUACAAUGAUUUCAUCACACUUAGAGACAAGAACAACUACAUGAUCAAGCUGGCCAUAUCCCACGCACUCGCCCAAAGCGUAAAGGUAAUGCCCAUUUCCCCAUCCGUCCAUGGCACACGCAACCCGAUGCUGAUUGCAGUAAUGCAGACGUCCCUGUACGAAGAACUCAUAGCCACAACCGUCGAUACCUGUAAAGACAUACCAGCCCACAUCGCCCUCACCGGUAAAAUCAAUCUCUCCCGGAAACAAAUCAACAUGCAAAUAGGCGACCUCUUUAUCCUCCGCAUCGCAAUCCACCUCAACGGCUCCGUCCUCGACACCCCCGAGCUCUUCUGGGUCGAGCCCCAGCUCGAGCCCAUGUACCAAGCGGUAAGGAGCUAUCUGGAAAUGGACCAGCGCGUGGGUCUGUUGAAUGAGAGGCUAGACGUGAUUGCCGACCUGUUGGCCGUGCUGAAAGAUCAGUUGAGUCACGGUCACGGCGAGAAGCUCGAGUGGAUUGUCAUAAUACUGAUUGCCAUGGAAAUCUUUGUCGCAUGUAUCAAUAUUGCUGUUGAUUUGUGGGCGGGCGAAAUCUAA